AUGGCCGGCAAGAUGAAGGAGUUAGACGGCGCCAGCCCUGCUAAGAUCUUCAUCGGUGGGCUCUCCAAGGACACAAGCCUGAGUACAUUCAAAGGACAUUUCGGGAAGUAUGGGGAUAUAAUUGAUGCUGUCAUAAUGAAGGACCGCUACACUCAAAAGCCCAGAGGCUUUGGUUUUAUUACCUUUGCUGAUCCCGCUGUUGUUGACGGAGUGAUUGAGGAUGAGCAUGUUAUCAAUGGAAAGCUGGUUGAAAUUAAGAGAACGAUCCCUAAGGGAGCUGCUCCCUUGAAAGAUUUCAAGACGAAGAAGAUUUUUGUUGGUGGAUUACCCUCAGCUCUAAAAGAAGAUGAAUUCAAGGAAUUCUUUUCCAAGUUUGGAAAGGUUGUGGAGUAUGAAAUCAUCCGUGACCAUACAACCAACCGGCCACGUGGAUUUGGUUUUAUAGUCUUUGAUGCAGAAAAGCGACUGCACACAGUAACAAAUUGUGGUAUUCUAGUUAAGUCUGUAGAGCACAUCUUAUUGGGUCUUUUUGUUUCAGUUGCCCUAGUUUUGCUCUUAUAUGAGUGGCAGGUUGAGAUCAAGAAGGCAGAACCAAAGAAACCCUCUAACGAACCACCUUGUUCACUUGAUAGCGAACCUAGGGGCCGUCCAUAUGCAGACAGUUAUGAUGGAUUUGGCAGCUCUUACAAUUAUGGUGGUAGUUUUGGUCCUUAUAGAUCACCUGGAAGUUUUGGCGCUAGGCCUGGAGGUUACAAUAGUGCUUAUGGUCCUGGUGAUUAUGGUAGCGGCUAUGCUACUUAUGGUGGAGCAUUAAUAGGAUACCGUGGAGAGCCCCCCCUUUAUUCUAGUCGCUAUGGUAGCACUUACGGAGGCAGCUUUGGUGGCGGGUAUGGUGGUGGCAGUUAUGCCGGUGGAUUAGCUGGUGCAUAUGGGCGUGAUGCCGGGGGCUAUGGUGGUUCUAGCUAUGGUCCUAGUUAUGAUUCUUCAGGGGCUAAUACUUGUGCUGGGUUUGGCACCGGUUUACUCUAUGGUGCUAGGACAGGCUAUGGUAGCACUGGUGGCAGUGGUGCUGCUGGUCGUUACCAUCCAUAUGGAAGAUAG